UGAAAGCUCUGCUGAGAUCGAUGCUUUCUGUGAGUUUCAUUAACCUCUUCACCACACCAGUUUAAUAAGCAUUAUUUCUUUUACAAACAAUUAAGUGACAUUCUGAUGACAAGUAGUUUAUCUCUAUUUGCAACUGUUUAUGUGACACCGGUUAAUAACUGUAUAUUUUUUUGUAUAAGUGUUGAAGUGUUUGAUAAGGAAUUGUAUUAACGGGAUGACAACCGCAUAACGUCCUCGCCUUCCUGCAAACCUCACGAUGUUCCAUUCUGCCCCGAACGCAGGUGGAUACAGCGACACGAACAGCAGCUUUCACCAGCACCUCCAGCAGUCCCCGGUGUAUGUGCCCAGCAAUCGGGCCAUGCCCCAGUACGCCUCUCCUGCGGGAAGCCACUUCGGGGCUGCCCAUCAAGGGGGUUGGCACGCGAGCGGCGGAUACGGAGAGAUGGCGACUCCGACUACCCACGGUUUGGGCACGUCGCCCCAUCACGCGGGAUCGCUGGCCGGUCAAUUUUACGCGCAGAAUGUGAUGAUGGGAGGCUGGCGGCCGUACGAUAGCACGGGGUUCCAGAGGACUUCACCUUAUGGUAUGGAAUAUGAUGCGGGUAUGGAUUUCCAAUUUGGAGAAGGUCGCGAGUGCGUCAAUUGCGGAGCAAUUUCCACGCCACUUUGGAGGAGAGACGGAACGGGACAUUACCUAUGCAAUGCUUGCGGAUUGUAUCAUAAAAUGAACGGAAUGAAUAGGCCUCUGAUAAAACCUUCUAAACGCUUGACGGCGACAAGAAGGCUCGGCCUAUGCUGCACCAACUGCGGCACGAGAACGACGACAUUGUGGCGGCGUAACAACGACGGCGAGCCGGUGUGCAACGCCUGCGGACUGUACUUCAAGUUACACGGCGUGAAUAGGCCUUUAGCAAUGCGCAAGGACGGCAUCCAAACGCGCAAGAGGAAGCCCAAGAAGCCGGCUGGUGGGGACAGGGACGACAGCAGCACCGCCUCCGCCGAAGAACCAAAAACGCCUACAAUCCAACAGCACUCGAAUCAAAAUCAGCAACAAACUGCCACACAGCCUCAUCAGAGCCACUCCGACAAGUCACCAUCUGCUGAAAGACCCUACUUAGGCCAAACGUCUCUACUACCCGCCACAACUACAAGUGCAAUAAAAAGCGAACCCGGCUACGAUUACAGUUGCGUGCAAAAUCAACCGUCCUAUUCGUACCAACAGAUAUUCGGGUUCCCCGGCGGUAGCGGAACCAACGAAGUGGCGUAUCAUCAUCAGCAUCACGUUACGGCAGCGGCCAAAUUGAUGGCAUCGUCGUAGAUCUAGUCAAAUUUCAAAUUUCUCAGUGUCGUUUCGGAUUUUUGUGUCGUUCCUGUGUCAACUCGGCAGUUGAUUAAUGAUGUGUUCUGUGGCGAAAGAGGAGUUGUUGCAAUAUUAUACAGAUAAAUCGCGCUUGAUUAAACAGUAGGUAUUACUAUUACCAUCAGUAUGUAUGAUGUGGUUAAAAAUUAUCGGGAAGUGUUCAAAAAUGCCGCGAUAUAGGUAGAUUUUGUAUUGUUGCAAUACUUUCACACCAAAAAAAAUUAAAGGAACUGUUUAUAUUCUUUUAUAGAGUGAUCUAAGUGUGUGUAUUUUCAAUUCAAUGUUUUCUGUAAUAAACACUUAACUUAUUAACCCUGAAUUAAUAAAUCGGGGAAAAGAGAAUUUUUACAGGGAAGAAUAAUAUUGUAAAAACCUCUUUUUAUUGCGUCCUAUGGGUAAGUACUAAAAAUAAGUACUUAUGUAUAAGUAUAAAUACGAGUAAUUGUUAAAUUGUAAUAAAUUCGUAUAAAAAUAGAUGUUUUCCUUGCAG